AUUUGAGCCAAUUGGGCCAUCGCCCGUUUCAUAUUGUUGUGGUUUGACAUUGGAAAUGGAUCAUUUGAAGCAACAUCCACUUGUUGAAGUUGCAAAGCACAACACCAAAAAGGACGCUUGGAUUGUAAUUGAUGGAAAAAUUUAUGACGUAACUCAAUUUCUCGACGAGCAUCCUGGUGGAGAAGAAGUGUUGCUUGAAGUUGCAGGGCGUGAUGCUACUAGAGAGUUUGAAGACGUGGGUCACUCAGAUGAAGCUAGGGAACUACGAGAAAAAUACUUGGUUGGAGUGGUUCGGAAAGAAACGAAAGAAGAGCUUGCACAGGCUGAGAGAGAAGGAGUCAAACCAAUCCACUCAGCUAGUCAACCGGAAGUACCUCUGUGGAAGAAACUGCUUAUUCCCGGUGUUCUUGUGGUGAUGGCUUUUUUGAUUCGGAAGUACCUCUCCUAGUUUUGUCAGCGAGUGUUUGUUAGCCUUUCAGAAGUGAAUAUUCAACAGUAUCAAACAAGGAAUAAAUUUCUUGACUUAGAAUGGAUUUCAGAAAUGUGAAAAGCGUCAUCAAGUUUGAAGAAGAAGACUACUCUGCG